CAAUAUUGAAUAUUGAUCAAAAAUGCAAUUUGCAGUUUUGUUUUGUUAUAAAAUCUAAUUAUCAUUGUAAUUUUAUAUAAUAAAAUAUUUAUAGAGGAUGAAGAUUUAAACAACGCACUGUGUAAAAAAUUUGUAGCUCUUUCUUUUGUUCAUAUAUCUGUGUUAAAUUAAGUUUACGUAGAAAACAUUCUUGUUUUCAUAGGUUCAAAUGCUUAUUGAAUUAGUAUUCUUGUGAAUCAAAAUGGGAAAUCAACUCGUAGGCGUAGCACCUUCACAGAUAUAUCCGGUAGAGCACUAUUUAAAUGACCAUGUGGAUUUAUCAUUUGAUCAAAGCCUUGGCUCUACAAGAUUCUUCAAAGUUGCUCGCGCUCGCACUAGAGAAGGCUUGGUUGUGGUUAAAGUGUUUGCCAUUCACGACCCAUCUUUACCAUUAGCCGAGCAUAAAGAGAGAAUACUGAAGAUCAAAGAGCAACUCGCCUCCGCCUUUAACUGUCUACCAUUUCAGAGAGUUAUUCUUACAGAUAAAGCUGGCCUUUUAAUGCGGGAAUAUUGUAAAUGCAGUGUCUACGACAGAAUGUCAACUCGGCCUUUCCUCACUGUGCUGGAGAAGAAAUGGAUUACAUUUCAAGUGCUUUAUGCAUUACAUAGAAUGCAUAAGCUGGGUAUUUGUCAUGGUGAUGUAAAGUUAGAAAACAUAAUGGUGACAUCCUGGUUAUGGGUCCUACUGACAGACAUUGCAUCAUUUAAACCAACCUUCUUGCCUGAUGAUAACCCUGCAGACUUCAGCUAUUUUUUUGACACCUCCAGAAGGAGACUUUGUUAUGUUGCUCCUGAACGAUUUGUUAGAGCUCCAGACCCUAAUGUUAGGAAUUCGGGUGAUGAUAGAACCAGCAGUCUAUUACUGAGUGAGUCACCGUGUAAAAUAGGCGAGCUGGUCCCCAGCAUGGAUAUAUUUUCGACAGGGUGUGCUCUUCUAGAACUUUGGAAUGAUGGUACCCCAGCGUUGGACCUCCCAGGGUUACUUGCGUAUAGAAAUGGGGAGGAUCGUCCCCCCACUAUGACCUUGCCAGAUACAUGUGAACCUGAAUUAAUGACCCUUUUGGAAUCCAUGACGGAGAGGAACCCUAAGGAUAGGCGCAGUGCAGAAAUUUACUUGGAUGAAGCUAGGGGCAAAUUGUUCCCUGAAUACUUUUACUCGUUCCUCCAAUCGUACAUGCUGAUAUUUUCCGGCCAACCAAUACUGCCUGCUGACGAGAAAAUAGCCCGCAUUUACCAGGACAUAAAGAACAUCAUCAAAAUCUUCACACAACCAUCCAAUUCGAAAGACUAUCGAAACCUCGUCCCAGAGACUAGAGAAAUACCAAAAGUAGACAUGGAUGCGUUGAUUAAAGAAGGUUUUAGAGUGAUGAACGUUAAUGUUGCCGAUUUUGAUGAGGAUAACGAUAAUAAGACAUUGGAGAGUAAAGAGAUGGGUCCUGACGGUGAAGGGUUGAUUCUCAUAACAUCUCUGGUAACUUCUUGUAUAAGGGGCUUGCAUCACUGCACUUCAAAGUUGCAUUGCCUGGAGAUAUUGCAGUUGUUGUGCGAGAACUCCAGUUCGGAGACGAUUUUGGACAGAAUUUUACCGUUUAUUAUAUACCUUUCGCAUGCCCCGGAAGCCCGAGUCCGUGCGGCCGCUAUUUGGUGCGUCGCGAAGUGCGUGUCGUGCGUGCGCACGCUCCCACCCCAAGACUGCAACGUAUUCCCGGAGUACAUUCUGCCGGAACUGGCGCCUAGAGCCUCUGACACGGCCCUACCAGUACGGAUUGCGUAUGCUAAUAAUAUUGCAAAAUUGGCAGAAACUGCUGUACGAUUUCUGGAUCAAACACAAAACAUGGCGGACAAAGAAGCUGCCAACAUCAAUUACGAGACAGAGCUUUCAGCAUUGCACGAAAUGGUCCGUUCGACAGUGUCUUACUUGCUGACUGACUCUCAGGCCGUGGUGAAGCGUGCGCUGGUCGAGAACGGUAUCACGAAACUUUGUGUCUUCUUCGGGAAGCAAAAAGCUAAUGACGUAAUCCUGUCGCACAUGGUAACGUUCCUGAACGACAAGGAGGAGGUCGCGUUGCGCGGCUGUUUCUUCGAGCGGGUGGUGGGCGUCGCGUCGUACGUGGGCCAGCACGCCGCGCCCAUACUGCUGCCGCUGUUACAGCAGGGCCUGACAGACCAGUCAGAAUGGAUUAUAGCGAAGGCUCUACGAGCUAUCACGAGUUUGGCUGAACUUGGGUUACUGCCUAAACAGGCUCUCUGCGACUUGGUGGCCGAGAGUGCGGUGUACCUCGCCCAUCCCAAUUUAUGGAUACGUCACGAAGUUUGCGGGCUGGUGUCAUGCGUGGCCGGCCUGCUGAACCCCAUUGAUGUCAACUGCAAAAUAUUGCCGUUAGCGUGGCCCCAUCUUAAACAUAAACUUAUACAGGUGGAAAGAGCGGAGUUGCUUCUAGAGAGCUUAGCGGAGCCAAUUCCUCGGAAGGUUUUAGACGCUGUCUUAAGGCACGGGGACGUCGAUCGACUCGUGCAAACUUUGCGCGAGAGGCGGAGUGCUCGACUAAAGGUAAAACAAGGAAUGAUGCCCCAAUAUUCCGAAAUGGGUCAACAGCUAAAGAACUUGUUCAGAAGACUGGCGUUGGAUGGUAUGACGGAACACGUAGAAAACCAGUUGUUGGCCAUGAGUGCUCAUCUCAUUAAGAUCCAAAGCUCUUCAACGCAGCACAUAACCGACGCACCGGGGAGGUUAGUGCUUGCCGGCAACGGACUGUCUCGGUCCGCGCAGCUCGACACCGGCGCCGAUUCGCUGCCACACAACGUACCUGACAAAUUGUACACUUCUGCGCAAACUAGAAGGCCUCAUAAAACGUCUCUCUCCCAGGAGACCCAUAUGAACACUGAAUGGCAACACAUGUUUGGACAAGCGCAGGAGCAAUCUGCUAUCAAAGGGUCAGAAAGCGCAUCGCAGUCGGUGUCCGCGGGCGCAGCGAACGCGGGAGUGGCGGGCGCGGGCGCCGCCAGUCAGCCGCCGCACUCGCAACUCGGCACGCUGGGACACAGCGCCAGCUAUGUGCAGUAUAGUAUGGCCCCCUGUCGCAUGGAACUGAGGAAUUUAGUAACACGCAUGCAACAGAAAUUCCAGAAGUCGUUAAGAAGCCACGAUGAUAACGUGGAGGCGGGCGAGGACCUGCUGCCGCCCGCCACGUGGCGACCUGGCAACCAACUGCUAGCUUAUUUGCACGAACACAAAGCGCGCGUGAACCAGCUGGUGCGGUUACCGGCGCACCGCAACUUAUUCGGCUCGUGCUCCGACGACGGCACCGUGCGACUGUGGGACGCCGCCAAGCUGCAGGGACACGCAUAUGUUAACAAGUCCAAGUCCAUGUACAACCGCAGCGCGGGCCCCGUGAUAUCGCUGGCGGCGUGCGAGGGCGGACAUUCGCUGGUCGCCGCCACGCAAGAAGGAUCCAUAUUCGUUUUAAGAUUGGACACGGGCUCGUCCCGCAUGAGCCUGUCGCAGUGCCGCCAGCUGGAGAGCGGCGCGGACGGCGCGUGCGUGGCGUGCGCGUCGGCGGGCGGCGUGCACGCGGGCGUCAUAUCGUACGCGACGCUCAACGCGACCGUCGUCGGCUGGGACCUGAGGGCGCCCGGCAACGCGUGGAGGCUGCAAGGCGACCUGAAGGCGGGCGUGUACACGUGCCUGUACGCCGACGCUGCGGGCUACCUCGCCGUGGGCACGUCCAGCGGCGCCGUGUGCGUGUGGGACCUGCGCUUCGGCCUGCCCAUCACCUCCGUCAAACACCCCAACUCGGAACGCAUCCGGCGCAUAGUGGGUUUCGGCGGGUCGUCGUCGCGCGUGUGGGCGGCGGGCGGGCGCGACGCGGCUGCCUGGUGCCUGGAGUCCACGCAGCGCACCCACGCGUUAUGGCCCGCCACCGCCGGCGCGCAGCCGCUGCAGUACAACCCUGUGGCGUCCCACUACAUGAGCGCCCUGUACUGCGGCAGCAGGGACGGGCACCGGUUCCUCAUCUCGGGCGGCUCCGACCAGCGGCUGCGGCUGUGGGACCUGCAGCAUCCCGACGACUCGCACGUACUGCUCGGCGCGCCGCACGACCAGCUCAACGCGCUCAAGUACAGAAGUCGCAUAAUUGACGGCACCACAGUGAUCCAAGAGGUGUGCAAGUCCAACUCGUCGGUGCCGCCUUCUCUGCAGGAGGACAACGUGUACCGCACCGUCGAGUCCAGAAGCUUCUACCACACGGCUCCCAUCACCGACAUCACCCUGGUGGAAGCCAGCAAGUGCUACCUGGUCAGCUCAUCUGCAGAUGGUGUUAUCAAUGUGUGGAAGUAAUCAUAGAAGCUUCUACCUCUGGCCAUCACCCUGGUCAAAGCCAACAAGCUCUUCUGCGGACUGUGUCGUCGAUGUGCUGAAAUAGUCAGAAGCUUCUACAUAUGGCUAUCUCCCCGGUGGAGGCCAAGAAGUGCUACCUAGUCAGCUCUUCUGCAAACGGUAUCAUUAAUGUUUGGAAAUAGACACAGAAGCUUCUACCUCUGCCGUUUUUACCUUCUAGCACUAGUACUUCUAUCAUGCCAAACAUCAAAAAUGAAUGUGGUAGAAAAAAUUCUGUGCCCUUAGGAUUCUUUUUGUUUGUUUAAAAAAAAUCAUCAUCAUCAUAUCAGCCGAUGGACGUCCACUGCAGGACAUAGGCCUUUUGUAAGGACUUCUAAACAUCACGAUACUGAGCCUCCUGCAUCCAGCGAAUCCCUGCGACUCGCUUGAUGUCGUCAGUCCACCUGGUGGGGGGUUAGCCAACACUGCGCUUUGUAGUGCGAGGUCGCCAUUCCAACAAUUUGGGACCCCAACGUCCACUCGGCAUCGAACUGUGUCUCGCCCAUUGUCACUUCAGUUUCGCGACUCUGUAAGCUGUCAUGUCAGUGUCUUUGGUUCUUCUGCAGAACUCCUCAUUUCUGAUUUGAUCACGCAGAGAUAAAAACAACACAGCUGACAUACAACUGCGUGAUUGCUUUAUAAAUACGACAAGGCCUUUCAGUCUCAGGCAACAAGUAGAACAAUUUUACUAUGCUGAGUAUAGAAGUAAUCUUGAUUCCCGUUCUGCAAAAUCUCAAUAUUUUUAUACAAGUAUCUUGUAAAAUAAUGGUUUUAUUUAAUACAAAUGUAUGAGUGUACGACACUUCUGAGUGUGACUCCCACUUUUGCCAUCCUCCUUUUAUUUUUAAAUUAAUAAUAUUACCAACCAAAAUUUCGACUAACAAAUCUGCAUUAAAGUAUACUAUUUACCGUUUACAAAUAAGCCUAGAAUAGAUAUCAUCAUCAUCAUCAUCAUCAUCAUCAUCAUCAUCAUCAUCAUCA